UUCAUUUCUGAAAAAGAAAUACAAAUCAAUAAAUCAUUCUCGGAGUUCUGGUGAGAAGCCGUGAUCAGUGGAGCUAAUCCGUGUCGGGAAGAAACAGGUGUCUGCCUCAGUACAAUGGAAGAUGGUGGCGCAAUUUCGUGGAUUGGUUGGGGUUGAAAAUUAACACCAUUGGAUGCCGGCUCAGUGGUCUAGUUGGUUAAGCGCCUGGCGCGAGACUGUUAGGUUCUGGGUUCGAAUCUCGCGGGGUAUGGGAUCGUGGAUGCGCACUGCUGAGGAGUCUUAUACUAGGACGAAACUGCCAUCCAGUGCCUCCAGGUUUUCCAUGGUGGUCUAGUUUCAAAUGACUCAUGAUUUCAAUCAAAAAACUAAACAAUCUCCACAAAACCUAAACUGAAAAUUUUUGUAAGAAAAAUAAUUUUUUGAUUAAGUUACUUAAUUUAUUUAUUUGUGUAAAUGUAUAUUUUAGAAAGUGAAGUGAUUUCAAAACUGAAUAAUUCAUCAAAAAAUAUUGUUAACUCACCUUCUAAACCAAGUGAUGAGAAUGAGAAGAGCUCAUUGAAUCAAAUGUUAAUAGAAGAAACUCAUCCAGUUAAAAGUAAAGAAAAAUCGAGAUCUAAGUCACCACAAACUUUAAAAACUCAAAACUCCUGGGAGUAUUUAAAAUCUGGCUCUCAAAGUACAAUGGAUAAAAAAUUAUCUGGAUUCUUAGAACAAUCAACACUUUCUCGUUCUCAGUCGUGUGAUUAUUUGGGUAAAAUAAAUGACUCGUCUGAAGAUCAUGAAGAGUUCAAAAAGAAAUCUGGAAGACGAAGACGCCUAUUACGACUAAAAAGACUAUUGAAGAAGAGUAAAUCAUACAAAUCAAAUCACUAUAAAGCUUAUAAUGAAAUGGAUGAAUUAAUUCAUGGUGAAAUUGAUGUAUCAAUGGAAUAUAAUGCUCAAGAUCAACAACUUGGAGUUAGUUUAUGGGCUGCUAAUAAUUUAGCACAUGAAAAAUAUAUAAUCGGCUUACCUCAUGCUACAAUCUCAUUGCUUCCAGAUAAUGUAAAAUAUAAUCUCAAAGUAUCUGGUAACAAUAAAUGGGAUGGAAGAGAUGCAGUUUUUGAUCUUAGUGUUUGUUUUACAGUACAUAGAUGUGAUUUAAACAAGAAGAUUAUUGUAAUAAAGUUAUGGUCUAGAAAUGGUAUAAAAUCACAAUUCACCAUUGGCCAAACUGUUAUUCCUAUAAAAGAAUGUAAUCUUUUGUUCUCACCAUGUAGAAAGUGCUUCCAAUUGAUAAGUGAAAAUAAUUCAAUCAUUACAAAUCCUAACAUAAAUACAGCUUACUACGGUGAAAUCAAACUUGCUUUACGUUUUGCAAUAUCUGAUUAUCAGAAAAAAGUGUUGUGUGUAACUGAUGAAGCUAUUGAUUUGAUUGGCGUAUUAAAUGUAUGGAUAAAGGAAGGAAAGAAUUUGCAUUCACAAAAAGCUGGUACAGAUAUAAAUUCUUACGUGACCGUGGAACUAACUGAUCCUGACCACAAAACAGAAUGUCGAAGUACUGAUCAAAUUCUACGAAGUGAUCAACCAGUUUGGAAUAGUUUACUUCAGUUUUCAGACAAACAUCUUAGUGAAUUAAUCGAAUCUACUAUGAAAAUAUUUAUUUGGAAUCGUUCAAGUAGCUUUAGUGAUCCAGAACUAUUGGGGAUCGUACAAAUUGCCAAUAAAGAAGAAUCUGAAUUAAUGAAUACGAUCAAUGAUAACAACGUAAAUGCUAAUGUAUAUCAAGGCAGUACAAUAACGAAAAGUACAUCAUUGUGGGAAUCUGUAAUAUCUAAACCUGGUGACUGGAUAGAAGAGAAUGUUAUAAAUUGUGAUGAAACAACGGAAUUAUUACAAAAUGAUCUAUUAUUGAAUGUACCAUUAUUAGAUCAUUAUGAAUGGGAGAUAGUUACAAGUUUAGUACUGGAUUCAAUUGAAGAUGCUACAAAAUAUUUAUGGAAACAUAGAAUUAAGGUGAAUUUAGAUGGUUAUUUAGGAACUACAAUGGUUGAAGGCAUUAUUCGGACCCUGUUGAAAUUAUACAGACAUAAAAUGCCUCAGGUAAUUGAUAAAAGAAUGCGAUUACUUCAAGAAAAAUUGGAAAUGUUAAAUAAUUUUGGUGUGAUGAAUGUUGAGAAACAAACUCCAUUUUAUUUUUCCCGUGUAGGAUUUUUGCUGGAUCCGCAGCUAUGGAAUAGUUUCUAUCCGAUCACGCUACUAAACUAUUCUUUGGUACACAAGUCAAAGUACAAAAGCGAUUCGUGGACAGAGUACAAGAGUGAUAAUUGUCUCAGAGAGUUUCUUUACAAGACAGUUGGUGAUUUCUGUAAAAUUUCAAAACAAUGCUGGAAGUCAGCUACUGAUUACAGUGAAACUGAAUAUGGUCUUACGCACCAGGUAUUUUAUUUUAUGAUUGGAAAACAGACUAAUUGUAGUGAAACAUUGGAUUAUCUUCUAAAAUUCAAUCAACCGGGAAUGAAUACUGAAAAAUAUUUGCAACAGUUAUGUACAAACGUUGCAGUUGAAGCUCAAAUUAUUGCCAGUAAAAAUUUUCCAACUGAUUUUAGGGAUCUGUUCAUGGAACAAGUUGGAUUUUGUGGUUUGGCAGGAUUUUGGCAAAUCUGUAAAAUUGAUUGGUUAAUGAAAAUUAUUUCAUGGCAAAAUAUCAUGGGUUGUUAUCAUAAAUUUGAUACAGAAGAAAUGAAUCCAGAAAAUUUUGAUCCCAAUGUAUAUGGACAUUAUAAGCGUAGAAGACGUUCAGAACAACUUUUAUCCGAUGGCCAACAAGCGUGUCUAUCACAUAGGACAAGUGUAGCAAUGACAGCACUGAGUGGAUAUUUAAGAUAUUUAAUUGAAUUUCAUUAGAUGAUAAAAUCUAUUUUUUGUGUUCAGAAACCAUUAAACCAAUUCAGAAAAGAAUACUAGUUAUUGUUUUCUAAAUGUAAAUUAACUUUGAAAAUUGUAAUUUAGUAAGAUGAACAACUAACUUUGAGUUACCGAUAUAACUUUUAUGAUCAAGUAUUGUUCGAAACCAAGAAAAAUCGAACAUCUAGGACUUUCGCAGUGCCCAUAAACAAUCAAGUUAGGGAUAGAAUUCGGAGCCCUCAGUUGAUUUACAUCUCUAACCUCAGUCAGUUUUUGUUAUCAGAGACUGCUAAAGAGAACAAUACUAAGAAUAAACAGCUGUCAGGUGUCCCCUAAUUUUCAGUGCUUAUUUAGUUGAAGCCAGUUCGUGAUCCAAAAUACAAAUUUGUCAAUUUUCUAAAAUCUUCCAUAUUAAUAAUAAUAUUCACACAUAAUUAAUUUCAAGAAGUUCAUCUCUAGGCUAUACUGCUAUAAAUCGGUAGUGUGUUGUAAUUAACCACAUACAGUAACUGAAUUAGUGUUCUUAUUGAAAUUAGUUGAUCUCAAGUCAGUUGUGCUCAAUAUACUGAGAAAAUGUAUCAUUAGAAAAUUUUGGUAGAUAGAAUAGAAUCAUUUGGUCAUAAAACAAAUACUUUAUAGUAGUUAUUAUUGAUAACUAAACGGAAUGUAGCGGUAAAUAAAUCCCCAAAAUAAAUAGCACUAAGUUUUCG